AUGUCAGUCGAUAGCUUUCGCCUGGAAUCUUUCCGGCCGUGGAAUCCUUUCCAGGACAGAGCGCAGCCUCUGCGGGAUUCUCUCGAUAUUUGUCGAUAUCCAAGUCCUAUCUCGAUCACCGCCACCUCGCCUCCCUCCAAUUCUACCAACUCGGCUUCCGAGAACCCAAAUGUUCAUUCUCAUCAAUCUGAGCGACACCCUCUUCCUCCCCGACCGCCGGUGGAGGUUUGCUUGAACGACAGCCUACCACAGGAGACAAACACUCAGCAUCAGCACCAUCCCGCUGUGGAGGAUCAGAUAUCAUGCGUUAACCCCGGGGUUGAGGCGUUCGACUUCAAUGAUAUUCUGCAUCUGCAGGAUUUACCAAGCUCUGGAGACGAGGACCAUCCAAUAAACUGUGAUAAUCUGGGCCCGGAGUCUCAGUACCCACUCAACUUUGAAUCGGGUGAUCCAGGGCUCGCUUGCACUACCAGUCAGCAGUCUCAUGUUGGUAAGGCUGGAAGUACUGGUCCGGCCAGCGAGUGUUGUGACGCAACAAUUGAUCCGGCAAUCCUGGACGAUUAUCAUUUCCAAGAUAUGGAGCCGACCCCAGCAAGAAAAGAGACCUCUGAAGUUGUGGCCCCUUCUCGUUCGUUGGGUAAAUCUGUUCGUGGCCGCCGCAUGCGACCGAAUUCGCAACGGGCGAUGAAACCCGGGCGGCAGCAGUCCAAAAUCAGCAAGGUUGCUGUCGUUGUGGACAAUCGCCACAUGAAUAGGACUGGCCGGAGUGCUCGAGCAAGCGGCCCCGUUACAAUGUCGUUUUCUAUUCUUCGGGAUCAGUUCUCUUCUCUACCGGUCGAGGAGCGACUAGAGUUCUUGUCCUGGCUGUUUGAGGGUGCUUUGUCUCAAUGCCUCCAUAUGCCCUCCCGCUCAAAGAAUGCAUCAUCAUCGAAGGGUAUCUUGACAGAGGAAGGAAUCACGUCUUCAUCAGCUGAACAAUCAAGCGCGGGUGCCAAAGUUGUCCGUGGGAAAAAUACUUGUUCCUCAAGAAAAGGAUUACCUUGGUCAUUUGAAGAGAAUAGCCUUCUGGUGCAGCUGAGGGAGGAAGAAUCUCUUUCCUGGUCGGAAGUGAUUAAGCGAUUUGAUCAGAGGUUCCCCGGGAGGAGUAAAGGUUCCAUACAGGUGUACUGGAGCACGACGCUCAAGAAACAGCGGCUAUCUUUGGAAGACGCAGCGUAA